AUGUCAAGGGAAUGGCUGAUUUUGUUUUUUCGCAUGAACCAGACAGGGCAAGGGCUCGUCCAGACUCUGGUACGAGCUUUGCGCCAGUUCUCAUUGGAUGCACAGAUGGCGCACUGUCUAGACAUUCACCACCAAUUGCAUCAGGCUUGGGAAGUGUGGCUGCUGAAGUGGCAUGACAAAGGUGAAGAACGAGAAGAAGCAGAACUCCUUGUGCGCACCAUAAAUUUCUGUGCUGGCUGUGGGGUCUCGGAAUAG